AUGAACCCCAAUCAGUCUGAUGUUGAUCUCCAACCGCUGAGCUUCGUGAAGCACAAGUUGGAUCCGGAUAAAGAGUCCGUCUUACUAAGGCCUGAGUUGGAGGAACAGGAUCCCUUUGGAGAUGAAAGCCAAGCUGGAGUGAAGUACAAGACCAUGGCGUGGUGCGGCAUUCUAGCCAUCCUUGGAGUUGGGACAAUCUCGACGUAUACUGCAUAUACCAUUGGGCAAUUCAAAUGCCGACAUGUCCAAGUGCACAGCAUGGCGGAUGCUGGUCAUCUUCUGAUGGGAAGGAUCGGACGGAGUACACUGGAUGUGGCCCAGCUCAUCUUUUUUGUGUUGGUGAUGGGGAGCCAUGUCCUCACUUUUUCGAUCAUGAUGAACGUCCUCACUGAACAUUCCUCCUGCACCAUCAUCUUUUCGGUUGUCGGUUUACUCGCCUCAUUCAUGUUGACCCUUCCACGGCGACUUGAGAGGCUUUCUCACAUCUCCUCCGUGAGCUUUGUGAGUAUCGUCGGAGCGGUUCUCACUGGUAUGAUUGGGGUCACCCUUGUCAAACAAGGACCAGUGCAUGUCCCGGCCUUUUCGCCUUCGCUCAAAGUGCAUGAUGCGUGCCUUGCCAUUGCAAAUAUUAUUUUUGCGUACGCAGGACAUGUUGCAUUCUUUACCCUUUUUUCUGAGCUCAAGGAGCUUAAGGACUUCCCCAAGGCUCUGGCGCUUCUGCAGAUGAGUGAAAUAGUCUUGUAUACGGUGGCUGCUAUUGUGAUAUAUGCCUAUAUUGGACCGACUGUCAACUCACCUGCUCUCAACUCUGCAGGACAAUUAUUUCGCAAGAUUUCCUAUGCAAUCGCAAUACCCACGAUUGUGAUCGGGGGUGUGGUGAACGCCCAUGUUGCCGUCAAGUUCAUCUACGUUCGUGUCUUCCGGGGAACCAACUCGAUGCAUAGCCAGUCAUUCAUGGCGCGGUUAGUGUGGGCCAUGAUAUGUGCGGGGCUUUGGAUCUUGUCGUGGAUCAUCGCCGAGGGAAUACCGGUCUUCAACGAUGUACUAGGGCUUGCGAGCUCCUUAUUUGCUAGUUGGUUUUCAUUUGGUCUACCUGGGCUAUUUUGGCUCUAUUUGAACCGAAGUUGUUGGUUCCUGACCUGGCGACAGAGGGUGUUGUUUUGCUUCAAUAUCUUUCUGGUGUUUCUUGGAUUUCUCAUUUGCAUUGUCGGGUUGUAUUCGUCUAUUCGGUCGAUCUUUCACAACCUUCGCGAGAGUGUUGGGGGAGGCAGCUUCUCAUGUGCCGACAACUCCCUAUACUGA